AUGUCGCUCCAACUGUUUGAUGUGCCCGAUGUGGAUUAUCGGUACGAAGCCUCUCGGGAGGUGGAGUUUCAACCCGCCUUGACGGGCAUCCAACCCAUCACGUUCUCGAUUCCAGGCUCCGACGAUUAUUACGAUCCCAAUUCCCUCCGAUUCAAAGUCAAAGUGCGCCUGACGGAUCCAGUGGCUAAUUAUGCAGGAUUGAAAGCCAAUUUGGCCAACUCCGAUGGCACCAAUACCAGAAACACCUACUGCGUCAACAAUUUCGGUCACACCAUCUUUCGAGAUAUCACCCUGAGCAUGAAUGGGGUCCUCAUGACUGAACAGAGCAACACCUACCAUUACAGAGCCUACCUAGAAACCCUCCUGAAUUACAGCCGAGACGAAGGAGCCACCAAGUUAGCCCCGCAAGGAUGGGUCAAUCAGCUCAAUGUGAUUGCAGAAAUGGGAGCCACAGGAGCCAAUUCUGAUAUCCCCACUGGCGCCAAUUGGAGUGGGAAUACAGAAUUGUGAGCCUUGACCAGCCGGUUGCUGGACAAGAAUUGGCACACCUUCAUCAUUCUCCCCCAUUUGCCACCCCUCAAGACAGGCAAAUUGUUGGUCCCCAAUGUCCAGAUGGACUUUGAACUCUUCCUCAACCCCAACUCUGUCUACUUGAUGGCCACCCCUAACAAAGGAACCUUGACUGACAAGAAAUUUCCAUCCAUCCACAGUGAAGACAUCAAAGUCACCUUGCUGAUGAGAAAAGUGACCUUGAAUGCCAGCGUCUAUGUCAGACUGCAGAAAGAAAGACAGCCGGGCAAACAGAUUGUUCGCUACCCUGUCGUGCGGAGCGAAAUUCGCACGUUUUCCUUCGAUGGACGAACCACCCAGUGGGAACAAGACAAUGUGUUUGUGGGUCGAUUUCCUGACAGAGUGAUUGUCGGGUUAUUGCAUUCCAAUGCCUUCAAUGGAGACCUACAAAGAUACCCCUUUGCCUUUCAAAAGUUUGGCGUCACCCAAAUACGACAGACCUUGAAUGGAGAAGAAUACCCUUACAGAACCCUGAAACUGACUGGAGGAGAAGCCUAUGAAGAUCUCUUGGGGUACGAUCGCUUUCUACAAGCCAUGGGUGCCUAUGAUGAACACAAGAUUCCUAUGCUGCUGCCUGGUGAUUGGGGACAAGACAAGAACUGCACGUUGUUCAUGUUCAACAAUGUGCCCAGUGGGAAAGCAGAUGACCCCCAGUAUCGCAACCCCCUUCAAUCGGGCAAUGUGCGACUGAUCAUUGAUUUUGCUGCCGCGGUCAAUCACAACAUCACCGUGUUGGUAUGGAGCGAGUAUGAAAACAUGUAUGAGAUCAAUCAUCUGGGAGGUAUAAAGUACAACAUCAACGGCUGAUGUAGCAUCAGAAGUCAGAAGACACCGGUCAUGGAGUUUGUGGCGCUCAGUGAUACCGUGUUGCGGACCCUGGCCCUGGAGGACCCCGAAUUACGACGCGUGUUUCACGGGGUGUACCCUGCUGACCAGCUACCCCGAUCACCCCCCAUGAGUGUCCGUCAAGCGUACAUUGUCAACACCGAUCCUGCUGGAGAACCGGGACAGCAUUGGUUGGGCUUGUGGACGGAACAGAACAAGUGCGAGUUCUUUGACAGUUAUGGUAUACCCCUGCACGUGUACACCAACCCGGAGCUGCACCAGUGGUGGGGUCAAUGGAAGUACCUGACUCGCAGUGACAUGACCCUGCAAGCCAUGGAUAGUCAGACCUGUGGCCAUUAUGCUUUAUUUUUCUUGAAAGCCCGAGCGCAAGGACGGUCGUAUCAAGAAUUUUUGUGUCAACGGAGUUGCGACAAUUUAGUGUUGAAUGAUCAUAAAGUGGCCGACCAGUUGAAACGGGUGAUUAAACAGGAAUUACAAGAUGAAGUCGAUGCCCGACCCAACGGGCAAAAGAAUGUGAGCCGCCAGGCCUUUAUGCUUUGUAAUCAGUGUGAUCAUUAGGUCCAAUAAAAACCAUAAAACGACACGUUUUUGUGAAUGAGAGGUCAUUUUUGUCAUCAUGAUUACUCGAGGCGAUGUGCAGCGCGUAGUGGAUGCGUUCCUCUUAGAAGAAACCUUGUAUUGGUGGACACACCCGAUCGAGCGGGUCAACACGGUCCAAGGCAUCGAUGCGUGGGAUGGGUAUCAUUGGUUAGUGGCCCGACAAUUGGCGCAAGACCAAGACUGGGUCUCCCUCAAACACUACAUGGACACCCUGGGUGAAACGCAUUUAAGAGAGACCAUGGAAGGUCUGAUUCAGUUUGAGUCGCCACGAUUGUACCGCGAGUAUUGGACGGCAUGCCCAGUCGCAGACGACAACAACGACGACGCGCCUUUUCCCGACGACCCCGUUUUCGCCAAAACGGGCGGGGCAUCAUGAGCGUGUUGACCAAAGCGUAUAAAAUUGCCAAUCAAUUGGGACGCAGCAAACGGUAUAAACGCAUGGGCGCCAAAGGGGCCACGGGUCAUUAUCGACGUCACCCUCGACCGCGGGAAUCAUGAUCCGACAACACAGCAGCGUGAUCAUCGCUGGCCCGUCGGGCAGCGGUAAGAGCGAGUUGGUGGAACAAUCGUUACGGUACCUCAACGUCUUUCAAGUCAAACCCAACAAGAUCGUCUAUGCCUAUGAUCGCUGGCAACCCCGGUUCGAUCGUAUGCAAAAAAAGGAUGGGAUUCAGUUUCAUCGCGGGUUACCGGACCCCCGUCAUUUGACCCAAUGGUUUGGUCGGACACGCGGAGGGGUGCUGGUCUUGGACGAUCUGAUGGAAGAAGGGGGACAAGACAAACGCGUGUUGGAUUUGUUCACCAAAGAUUCUCAUCAUUGCAACAUCACUGUGCUGUAUUUGACGCAAGAUUUAUUCCCGCCUGGCAAAUUUUCCAAGACCAUCAAUCGCAACGCGCAUUACAUCGUGGCGUUCAAAAACCCCCGGGAUCAAACAGGUAUACGGACCAUUUUACUGCAAGCCUUUCCUGACCGGUGGCGUCAAGUCGUGCGCCUAUUUAAACGCAUCACCUCCCGCCCCUUUGGCUAUUUGAUGUUGGAUGUGCAUCCUGCGUCGGAUGAUCGCUACCGCUUGUGGAGUCAUUUAACGCCCCGAGAAGGCAAGGCGCAAGUCCACACCCUGCCCGUGGAUGUCCCUGCCGUUCGACAACGAACUGCAACGAGAACUCGCCAGGGUCCGCCGGCAAAGAGAAGGCGGACAACAUACUGACUUAGCGGCCCGCAUGGACACGCCGACCCUCUCGCCCGCCGGCGUGGGCUCCCCCACGGCGCCCCCUCCCCUCCAAGAUCUCAGCAGCAUGACGGACAUGGUGACCGAAUUGACCCGCCCGGUGGAUCGUGCCCAAUUGGAUCAAGAGAUUGAGACUUUUAAUUUGACCUACCCGGUCAAUGUGGACGAUGCCUUGAAUGCGUUUACGUUACCACCUGUGGCAGGCACAGGCACCGCCCCCGCCACCACCACCACCAGCACCACCACGGCAACGCCACCGCCCACGCCCCGUCACCACCGCCACGACCACCACCGCUCCCCCGCGCCCCUCCACCGCCCGCCGCAGCGCCGGGGCAGGGACCAGGACCACCACCUCGACGGUGACGACCCCCACUGGACGCCCCACCAUCGCCGCCAAACAACCCCGACGACGUCCCCGCGUGCCCUCCCCUCCGUCCCCCGAUUCGUCCCCUCCCCCGUCGGAGGACGAUGACGACGAUGAUGAUGACGACGAUCGACGGCGGGGAUUAAGGCGACGGUUGGAUUUGUUGAAUGAAGAUGCUCAACAACGUGCUCGGGGCAGACGUAUUCGCAACAUCACGCACACCAAUACAGUCACCACCGUGUACGAAGAUGGGGGAGGGCGACCUAGCUUCUGUGCGCCGCACGUCCACCCGAACGUCCAGCCCAAGUCCACCAAGACCACAACGCCGAGGUCGGGGCCGUGGCCGUGGCCGAGCACGCGGACGGGGUCGACGCCCGUAAAAAGGAUAUAAAAACAGCAUCCUUCCUUCCACCGUCCUAGUACCCAUGUGUGGCCGAUGUCAAAACGAGAUGGCUUCUAGGCGCAAACGCAAACGCACGACGACUCGACGUCGACCACCCACCAAACGACCACGGCGUCAUGGUCAAGUGGGGGGUGUCGGAGUCGGUCUGCCCAUAAGAAUUCUCAAAGCUGGUUAUGGGAUCACCAAAGCCAUAGGAGAUCAUCAAACCAAGCGUGCCACCAAAAUUGCCGAAAAACGCCGACGAGAAGUGGCCUCAGGCAAACGAAAACGCUAUGCGAGGGAAUCGUUUAAUUGUUCGAUCAUGUGAAAAAACGUAUAAAAAGACCUGGGUGGACUUGGACAAGAGUUAGUUGGAAGAUGGUCCGUGGACCCAACGGUCGCCGACAUCGUUAUGUCCCUUGAAUACGACGCCGACGACGUGGAUUACAACGCGGCGCUAGGCUACCGCUUUUGGCAAUGGCUCUCUCGCCUUUGUGGCUCAGGAAAUACAAACCAAGAGUCCGUAUUCGACGACCGGACUAACCGACGACCCAAACGAAAAGCCGUCACGUUUGCUUUGGACUGGGACGAACAGUAUGAAGCGGCCUUGUGUUCACGGUGUCGAGAUCACAUGCAAACGCAUUAUCAUGGCGAAUUGUGUGGCAGGUGUGGAGCCAUUUUUACCAUAAAUAGACCUUGGUCGUUGCCUGAACUCAAGAUUCAUCAUGAAGUGGCGCAUGGAACGUCAAGCCCCGUUCUUGAAAAGCGUCUUACAAGAAGCCAAUCAACACAAACGACAAGAAUUGUUGCGGAUGGCAAAUGCGGAUCAGAUCAAUGCUAUCAGUGAAUUGGUGAUGAACACCCUCCGUGGCACAGUGCCCCGUUCCCGACACACCAUUACGUUGCUCAAACGCCACCCCCAGAGUUUACGCGCCAUGGCCAAACCCGCCCAUUCCGUCAAACGACGACGCGCCAUCAUGAUGGCUCAAAAAGGGGGCGCCCUCUGGCCUGAACUCUACCGAUGUUAUAAACGUUGCAUGCGCUACACAAGACACCUCAGUUGCACCAUGGAACCCGAGAUGGUGAGCACCACGGUGGACAACGCCCCUGCUUUUUUACAAUUGCGAGACAAGUACAAACAAGAAUUGGUGGAAGAUACCCACUUGACCAAAGCCGCCGAUUUGGCCGACAAACAACAUGUGCUCCUGACCAGCGAUGCCCCCGAUGCCUGGAAACGGCCUCAACUCAAAGCCGUGAGCCGUCAAUUGCGCCAUUGGACCAAAAAAGUGCGCCAACCAUUUGGGGCCCUGGCCGGUGGUGUGAGCGCAGCAGGGGCCACGACCCCUGGCGACGACGAUUUUGAGGCGGGCCCCAUGCAAACGUGGUUCACGCAAUUGGUCAAGGCGACCCAGGGUAUAAAACAAGGGUCGACACCUGUAGGGCCCAGAAAACCACCUGUCCCGCCCAAACCCAACAUCACUCCCGGUGCCAAAAAGAAACUCAAGUUUACGCCCCACGUGAGUAGUGCCGAGUUGGCGCACGAGUUGCCUUUUUCAGACACGUACGGUGUAGAACCGUGGGAUACCCCCAAAGAACGUGUGGAAUCGAUCAAGAAAGCGGUCAAGCGCGGGAUUCGCAAAAGAGCGACGGACGCCGCAUAA